ACCUGACCUGCAGCUGAUAGCCUGUCACCUAGCAUCAGAAUCCUGUGUUCGUGUACUCACAUCGCCUUCCAGACAUCUGAGAUCAAGACCGACGUACUUCUCUGCCGAGGCUGGUCCUUGGCAAUACACUACAGAGAAGUAAAAGGGACUGAACUAGGUGUUUCAUUACACCAGACAUGACAUCAUUCCCAUUGUUGUUGUUCCUGGCUGCUAUGCUGACCCCAUCCCUUCUUCAAUAUAACUAUGCGGUAUGGAAUCAAGGCUUUGAGGAUUUGUCAACCGAUAGAGAGUCAAUCCAAGAAGAGAUUGUAAAUAAACACAAUGAACUGAGACAAAUGGUUGAUCCACCUGCAAGUGACUUACUGGAGAUGGAAUGGGACAAUGAAGCCAAAGAAAAUGCACAGGCGUGGGCAAACAAGUGCGGUUAUCAACAUAGUCCUCAAGAAUCCAGAAAUAUCGAAAACUUAAGAUGUGGUGAAAAUAUCUUCAUGGCAUCUUACCCAGCAUCAUGGUCUCAGGCCAUCCAAAGCUGGUAUGAUGAAUCCAAUGAUUUUAAAUUUGGUUCAGGGCCAACAACACCGGGUACAGCAAUUGGACAUUAUACUCAGCUAGUUUGGAAUUCCUCUCACCAAAUUGGAUGUGGAGUUGCUGAGUGCCCUAACCACCCACUGAGAUACUACUAUGUCUGCCACUAUUGUCCCCCCGGUAAUUUUCUGAACAGGAUAUACACCCCUUACACGGUAGGAGAACCAUGUGCCAGUUGUCCUAAUCACUGUAACGCUGGACUGUGCACAAACAGGUGUUACUACGAAGAUAAGUAUUCUAACUGUCCGUCUUUGAAAGCAUCGCUAACCUGUAAACAUGCACUGACUAAAGAAAACUGCAAAGCUGCAUGCAACUGUGAAGACAAAAUUCAUUAAAUUUCUGGUGCACGAGACCAGGGCCAUGUGCAGGAAGACCACCUCCCCAGCUUAGGCUUGUCACAGUCCGCCAGAAAAUUCUAGGUAUAAGUACACUCAAAUGAUCCCAAACAGUAAAGAUUCAUUUUUUCUAUAUUGUCUCAUUUAGCAGAAAUAAUUUAUAACCAAAUAUUUUAAAGUAACAAAAUCAGUAAUAUCUUUGGAACUUGACCUCUGAAUUCCAUUCCAAAGAAUUUAAGGAGUUGACUCAAACCCAAGAUUAUAUGUAGUUUGUCUUUAUGGCUAAGGUCACUAAAACUCUG